GGCGAGUGGAUGCUCGGCGUCGACGAGGCGGGACGUGGACCUGCUCUCGGCCCGCAGGUCUACGGCAUCGCGUUCUGCCAGCUCUCGUACUCGGACACGCUCAAGGAGAUGGGCUUUGCCGACUCGAAGACGCUCACCGACCCUCUGCGCGAGGAGCUCUUCAAGGACAUGCUCGAGCACGCCGAGGACGUCAAGUACGCCGCGACCGUCAUGAGCCCGGCCGACAUCUCGAUGGGCAUGCUCCGCAAGACGCCGUACAACUUGAACGCGCAGAGCCACGACGUGACGAUCAACCUCAUCCGCGAGGUCGUCGAGCGAGGGUACCACGUCAAGGAGUGCUACGUCGACACGGUCGGCCCGGCGGCCGACUACCAGCUCAAGCUCGAGUCGUUCUUCCCGACCAUCUCGUUCACCGUCACGUCCAAGGCCGACGCCCUGUUCCCGAUCGUGUCGGCCGCGUCGAUCGUCGCCAAGGUGACGCGCGACCGCAUCCUGAGCCAGUGGCAGUUUGCCGAGCCGGGCGUCGCAGAGGGCGACGGCGCCGAGGACCGGAGGCUGUUCGGCAGCGGGUACCCGAGCGACCCGAAAACCGUCUCGUGGCUGCAGGACAACUUUGACCCCGUCUUUGGGUUCCCGAACGUCGCGCGCUUCAGCUGGGCCCCAGUCAAGAACGCUCUCCUCAAGAAGGGCGCCGCGUCAAAGUGGGCCGACGAGCCGGCGUCGAUCCAGAAGUACUUCUCGGGCAAGGCGGCGGGGCCAGAGCGGGCGGCGCUGUGGAAGGACUACAACCUCGUCUCGGUCGGCGAGUUCUGACGAGGGCGGCGGUCGUGUUCCCUCAUUUGUUUCGGUAGACCUGUCGAGCCUGUUGUGCUGGUAUUCAGACGCUGUUUGACACCC